UGAUCGAUACUUGAACAUGAACGAUGCGUUUAGUUUAUUGCUUUUUAGGGAUCGUUAUUAAGCCAAAUAUUAAUGGAUUACUGGACGGAAAGUAAUGGUUAAGUGUGGUGACAAUCCUCAGCUGACAUUUUCAUCAGGGUAUUACUAUUACUACCGCCAUGGCACGAAGAUUCACAAUGCCUCCGCCACCGUCAGGAACAUUCGACACUAAUUAUCCGCCGGUUGAAAAGUCGCACGAUAAACAGCCAAACAUAACAAAGUAUGGCAAGACGAACUUAGGUGACCUACAGUAUGAUACAGUUUUCGGAAAAAAACGAAAAUCACGAAAACCUAAGGAAAUUGACCCAUCAGUGGUUAUAACUGACAAUGGAAAAGUCCAUCUGAAUAGAAUCAACUACGACUAUUUGUUCAAAGAUCAAGUACACAACAAAGGGGAAGUCAAACAGAAAUCGUUCGGCAGGGUGCCUUAUUACGGGCAAGCACAUAUCAUCGCAUCUUUUAAAACCUCCAGGAAACUUGGCGAAAUUUCCAAAAUUUGGCCUAUAUCAGGUGACAGGGCCUGGGUGAAUUCAUAUGGGGAUACAUAUCUUACUCUUAUCGACAAGAAGGGGAAUCGUCUAACGAUGACGCAAGACUUUGGCCAUAGGAUAUGGGAUUUUGUUAUCAAUGGCAAAAGCAGGAUGCUGCUCACCGUGGAUCGCAGUGCUCAUAUCCACGCGAUAUCUUCCAACGGGGAGUUAAGUGUGGCUGGACACUUCCCUGGGUAUCAGCCAUACGGUAUUUGUGUCAUGAUGGAUGGAAAUACCCUUGUUUGUAUCCGGCCACUCGUGGGUACAAAGGGACCAGCACGGUUGGUUACAAUCAGUAUCAACGGAGAAGUUUUGAAAUACUUCGACACGCGCGCGGACGACACUCCGCUGUUUACCGAACCCUACAGUGUGUCGAGCAUCAGCAAUGGAAAGAUGUUCGUCCGAGAUGGCGCGUCCAAGGUCGUGUGCGUAGACACAAAGGGUACUCACCUUUACACUUGGACAGGGCAGAGCUUCGAUAGGGAGGAAGACUUCCUCCCGUCCUGUCUAUCAUCUGACGCACACGGGUCGCUGAUUGUAUCGUCACGUGACGCCAACAAAGUAUAUAUCCUACCAAUUGCCGGCAAGGGCCUUCGCUGUCUGCUGGACGCAUCCCAUGGCAUGGAACAUCCUCUUGGAAUGGGGGUAGACGCCGAAGGACAUCUCUGGGUUGCGUGCAAGGGCAGGAAAAUACAUAUUGUCAAGUACCUUUCUCUUUGAAGAAGGCAACAUUCCUCUUUUACCCGUUUGGUUUACUUUAUAUACAUAGGUUAAUAUAAAUGUUAUAUUUCUUAUAGAUGCGACUUAUACAUUUGUUUUCAAUUGUGACAUUUCACUUCAUUGAAUUUUAAAGAUAAUAAAUAUAAUCAUCUCUUGUUUUUAAGUGAUGUAUUAUCAAUAUUAGGAGUUUUUGUAUCCGGUUGCGAAUGUAUUUUUUAAUAUCACAAAUUAUUAAAGAAGCGUCCAUAACACUGAUAUUUAGUAAGAAAUUUAGUUAAUGAUAGUAUAUUAAUACCAUUACAACGUGUGUUGAAAACAGAGGAUACCCGAAGAGUGAUUAUUGAUUCUAAAUUAUGUUCAUCCGAGAUCAAUAUGAGAAACAAAUUAUGAAAGAAAAGGGAGAGGAUAACAAGGAUUGAACAAAGCCUUAAUUCAAACUCAAUGUAACCAAAACAAGGGGAUUGGAAAUGGGCAAAUCUUUAUCGGGGAAAUAUUACAAUAACGUCACGUGCAAUUUACUCAUAACACAAAAGUAAGUAAAGUGUAGUACAUGUAGUGACAUCACAUUACGUCACACUGGGAAUCAGUAGUUUUGAACAAAAUAAUAAGUAUGAUUUCAUCAUUAGCCAGUGUAACAGGCCUGCUGGAUGUUUGCAUCAGUAUAAUGAUUCAAUCUUAUUUCUUUUCAUUUUCUCAUUAAAUCUAUUGACAGUUCUUGUGUUUGGAUUCAUCAA